CAAAAUUUCAUUUCAUUUAGUUAACUUACUUAAUUUGACAUCCUUUCCGACUUCUAAACCUAGAUCAGAUUUUCUUUCUUCUCUCACUCACUUGUCCUCACUGUCAAGGCCAUCAUGUCAAACACCAUACGAUCCCCAGAACUGGAAAUCUCUUCCAUCCUCCACGGCGGUAUACAUCACCCUCUUCUUCGAUCAUGGCAGGCGAACGGUCGAACCCUCACCAAAUCCAUGUUCAUCUACCCUAUCUUCAUCUCGGACGAUCCUGAUGCUGAAGAGAUCAUCUCCACUCUACCUGGUCAAAAGAGAUGGGGUAUAAACAAACUCGAAAGUUUUCUCGGACCUUUGGUGAAGAAAGGCUUGAAAUCUGUCAUUCUAUUUGGCGUACCCAUGAAGAUUCAAAAGGAUGCAAUUGGGUCAGCCGCCGAUUCCCCCGAAACUCCAGUCAUCUUAGCAUUGCAACUUCUAUCGAAACUUUUCCCCCAGCUCUUGCUCGUCAUCGACGUGUGUCUAUGCGAAUAUACUUCUCAUGGUCAUUGCGGUAUUCUUUCUUCACUUCCUAAUCCAACACACUCCGAUCAACCCACUAUCGAUGCUCAAGCUUCAGCGGAAAGAGUAGCAGAAGUAGCUAUCAAUUACGCCAAAGCCGGUGCUCAUGUCGUCGCUCCGAGUGAUAUGAUGGACGGUCGGAUCAGGACUAUAAAACUGGGUCUCAUGCGCUCCGGACUAGCGAACAGAUGUGCCAUCAUGAGUUAUUCUGCCAAAUUCGCUAGUGGAAUGUAUGGACCAUUCAGGGAUGCUACAGGGAAUGCGCCGAUGUUUGGGAAUAGGAAAUGUUAUCAACUUCCUCCCAACGGUAGAGGCAUAGCUAGGAGAGCGAUAAGACGAGACGCCGCGGAAGGUGCAGAUAUCCUCAUGGUCAAACCUGCUUUACCAUACCUUGACAUCAUCUCAGACUGUGCCCAGAUCGCUCCCGAAUAUCCCACCGCUUGCUAUCAAGUGUCAGGCGAAUAUGCUAUGGUCGUCGCUGGAGCUGAGAAAGGCAUCUAUGAUCUUAAGUCGAUGGCUUUCGAAACCACCGAAGGGAUGGUCCGCGCCGGAGCCAGCAUCAUCCUCAGUUACUUCACCCCUCAAUUCUUGGAUUGGUUGGACGAAGAACGUUGAUUUCCCCUCCGCACAAGGAGUCAUUUUGUCUACUUAUCAUCCCCUGCACAAGUCUGCAUUAUCAUUUAUUGCAGCUGUCCACAUCAUAUGCCAUGUGUUUGCAUGAAACUGUCGUGUACGUGUG